AUGGGGGAGGCUGAAGGUUUCCGAAUGGCAGUAGAGACGUGUGAGCUAGCAGACUUGGGCUAUGUAGGGCAUGGAUUUUCAUGGACAAAUAACCAAGGUGGAGAUCGAAAUGUACCGGAGCGUCUUGAUCUAUUCCUAGAGAAUAAAGUAUGGAAGGGCCUCUUUUCUGGGUCCUUUGUGACGCACUUAUCAAAGAGAAAAUCAGAUCACUUGCCUAUCUUGCUGUGUUUUAAUGAGGGGGUAGGGAAAACAAAAAAGAAGAAAAAAUUCAAAAAAUACAGGUUUGAAGAAAUGUGGCUCCGUGAUGAAACUUGUGGUGACAUAGUGAAGGAGGCGUGGAAUUGGGGAGGAGAUAUAUGUUUAAAAUUUGCUCAUACAUCGAUCAAUUUGAGCACUUGGAGUAGGAACAAAUUUGGAGAUUUUAUAAAGGAGAUGAAGGACUGUAAAGGCAGGAUGGAGAGUCUUAUGGGAGAGACACAGACAGAGGAGAUUAUUGCUCAAAUUCGGGAUCUGGAUGAUAAAAUGGAUGAGUUGGAGAAAAGGGAGGAGGCUUAUUGGAGGCAACGAAGUAGGCAGGAAUGGCUCAAAAUGGUGAUAAAAACACGACUUUUUUCCACACGAAGGCUAGCCAGAGAAAAUCAAGAAACCAUAUUAGAGAAGUGA